AUGCCAGUAUGGUGCCACAUGUUCGUGCAAACCCUAACGGAGGGAGCCCGGCUUUGGUUUGAUAGUCUUCCCCCGGGGAGUAUAGAUAGCUAUGAAGAACUGAGCGAGAAGUUCCUCAGGAACUUUGGCCAACAGAGGAAGGUGGUCAAAAAUCCAAAUGAAAUCCUUCACAUCAGACAAAGGGAUAACGAGCGAAUAGACCAAUACAUGGAGAGGUUUGUUAAGGAAAGUAUGAACAUCAAGGACGUCCCGGAGGUCAUGAAGAUCAGUAGUUUCAUAAAUGGGCUGAAACAUGCACAGCUGUGUGAAAAGCUGGGAGAGGAAUUUCCACCUUCCUUCGACAAUCUUAUGGAUAGAGUCAGGGCCUUUGUCCGGGGAAAAGAUACAGUCAGCAAAGCGAAGGAGACGGAUGUCACACCUCGGAGGGUCGCCCCGGCAGCAAGGCCUCUUGAUAAAGGUACACCCUAUUCCCGGAAACCUGCCUUUGAUAGAAUGUUGCAUGACAGGGCAAGGCCCUCAUACUCCCCAUAUAGAUCCCGAGGGAGAGGUCCCCCUCCUUACUCCGAUAGCUUCACCCCUCUCACUAAGACCCCAAGUGAGAUACUAGCCACAGAGAGGGUAAAAAAUUCUUUCCCAAGGCCACCCCCCAUAAAACCGGGACCAAAGGCACAACCAAACGAAUACUGUGAGUUUCACAAAGGCUUCGGGCACAAAACCGAUGACUGCAUGUACCUCAAAAGGGAAAUAGAGACCGCGGUGAAAACGGGGAGGUUGGCCCACCUGGUCAAGGAAAUCAAGGAGGGGGGAGGGGACCGCAAGGGAGGAGAUGCAAGGGAGCCAGGGAGGGCAGAUGUUGAUAUGAUUAGAAGGAGGAAUGAGUUCGAUAUCACCCGAAGUGUAAAGGCCAGAAUCCUAGGCUCCCCGAACUGCAUGAAAGCUCCCAUCCUUAUGCCAUACUUAGAAGAAGGUGAGGUGCAACGACUCCCGCUGAAUAUCUCAGCUGUAAUAGCGGGACACAAGGUGUCUCGAAUACAUGUGGAUGGAGGGUCAGGCAUUGAGGUAAUAUACGAACACUGUUUUCUUAGGUUCGACAGGGAUAUAAGAGAUAGAUUGGAGGAAGAUUCUAUCCCAUUAGUGGGAUUCAACAACAGUGUGUCACAUCCCCUGGGAAAGAUCAGGCUCCCAUUCACAGUUGGGGUAGGGGAUCGGGUCCGAACGAUAAAUCUGACCUUCACAGUAGUCAGGGCACCCUCUAAGUACAAUGCGAUCUUGGGAAGACUCGGGAUUGGAGAUCUGCAGGCACAAGCAUCUACCCCCCACGGGGCUUUGGUAUUUCAAACACCAAAGGGUCUUGCAUGGGUUAAGUCCGCUUACGAAGUAGUCUCUUCCGUAUCCAAAGGGGAAGAACCAGGGAAACCCCAGGAAAAGGAGGUGGAAGAGUGGGUCCUCUGUGACAGGUUCCCAGAACAGACAGUCAAGGUGGGAAGCCACUUGAGUGACAAAUGCAAGAGUGCCCUAAAGGAGCUACUCCUCCAUAACAUAGAUGUGUUUGCAUUUCAACAUGGAGACAUGACAGGAAUCCCCAGGAGUCUAACAGAGCACCGGCUCAACACCUUCACAUGGGCGAAACCAGUGAAACAAAAGAAGCGGAACAUGGGACCUAAUAAAAGAAGGGCUACUUUUGAAGAAACUCGAAAGCUGCUCAGAGCGGGGAUAGUCAGAGAAGUUAAAUACCCAUCCUGGGUUGCCAACCCAAUCAUGGUUCAGAAAAAGGAUGGGGGGUGGAGGAUUUGCAUCGAUUUUCAAGACCUAAACAAAGCAUGUCCCAAGGACUGUUAUCCCCUCCCGGAGAUAGACACCCAGGUGGACUCUUUGUCCUAG